AUGUUUAUCUCCUGUCCUAUCAACCGAAACUUAAUCUUUGCCCACAUCUCUAAGCUCUCUCUCUCAUUCUCUUUCUGCCUUUCUCAACAUCACAUUGUCUCGGAAUUCCUGGCAAUCCGAAGUAGAGCAACACGAUAUUCACGUGCCACAAUUCGCAAGUCCUGUAAGUCAACCAAUCUGACAAAGAGUAUCUAUCUAUCUAUCUAUCUAUCUAUCUAUCUAUCUAUCUAUCUAUCUAUCUAUCUAUCUAUCUAUCUAUACCAGUCUUCUUAUCUAUCUAUCUAUCUAUCUAUCUAUCUAUCUAUCUAUCUAUCUAUCUAUCUAUCUAUCUAUCUAUCUAUACCAGUCUUCUUAUCUAUCUAUCUAUCUAUCUAUCUAUCUAUCUAUCUAUCUAUCUAUCUAUCUAUCUAUCUCCGUUUUUUUCUCUAUGUCAGUCUGCUUCUCAGUCUCUUCACAUCUGUGUUAUUUUUAUCUAUCUAUCUAUCUAUCUAUCUAUCUAUCUAUCUAUCUAUCUAUCUAUAUAUAUAUAUAUAUAUAUAUAUAUAUAUGAUUAGUACUAUUAAAGAAAAAAUAAUAUUAUCUAUCUAUCUAUCUAUCUAUCUAUCUAUCUAUCUAUCUAUCUAUCUAUCUAUCUAUCUAUCUGUUUUCAUAAAUGGAGGAAAGAAUCUGUCUCCAUGGAAACGCAUAAAUACAUUGAUCAUGUCAUCAUAG